AUGGCAGCUGGGGCAGGGAUGCUUGAGCUGCCCUUCACCUGCGACGAGCAGCUCACGCGGCGCAUGCGGCUGCGGUUCCAGAGCCUGCAGCAAAGAAACAUGAGGGGCCAGGAUGGGGAGAGGCUGCUGCGCCCCAAUGAGCACAUCUACCGAGUGGAUUUCAUCCAGCAGCACCAGCUGUGCUUCCUCCACUGGAACGUGCAGCUGGAGAGACCUGGCAAGGUCACGGUGACGGGCACCUCCCAGCUCUGGACUCCUGACCUCACCCACCUGAUGAACCGGCAGCUGCUGGAGCCGGUGGGCAUCUUCUGGAAGAAGCCAGGGGCCGAAGAGGUGGAGUGCAAUGAGGCAGAUGCCCAGGAGUUUGGGGAGAGGAUAGCAGAACUAGCCCAGAUCCGCAAGGUGAUGUAUUUUCUCCUCACUUUCACUGGAGGCCUCGAACCAGCUCAGCUGAAAGGCUCUAUUGUUUUUAAAGCCUGAU